CGGGAGGCGGGAUUGGGAGAGGGCGGCGGGGAGGAGGCUCGGCGGCCUGAGGGCGGAGGAGGCCGAGCAGUCCCAGCCCAGAACUUCAAAACAGCCGGCGCCUCACCCCGCGCACAACCCGUCACUGCGUCCGGACGCUUGCACCCGGUUGGACUUGUUUCUUCCAUCUUUCUGGCUCCUCAUCCCUCUCUGGACUUCGCAGUUGCCCCCUCGGCUUUCCCUGCCUUGUGAACAUGUUGGUGAUUCUGGCCUUCAUCAUCGUCUUCCACAUCGUCUCUGCGGCACUGUUGUUCAUUUCCACCAUUGACAAUGCCUGGUGGGUGGGAGAAGGCUUCUCAGCUGACCUCUGGAGAGUGUGCACCAACAGCACCAACUGCACAGAGAUCAACGACCUGAGUGGCACUGACAUCUUUGAAGAUUACUCCAUCAUGCAGGCGGUGCAGGCCACCAUGAUCCUCUCCACCAUCCUCUGCUGCUCCUCCUUUCUCAUCUUCCUGCUCCAGCUCUUCCGCCUCAAGCAGGGAGAGAGGUUCGUCCUGACCGCCAUCAUUCAGCUCUUGUCAUGUCUGUGUGCCAUGAUCGGGGCUUCCAUUUACACGGACCGGCGCCAAGACCUUCACCAACGGAACCACAAAAUCUAUUACCUACUGCAAGAUGGCAGCUAUGGCUACUCUUUCAUUCUAGCCUGGGUGUCUUUUGCCUUCACUUUGAUCAGUGGCCUCAUGUACAUGAUUCUGAGGAAGCGCAAAUAGGUUUCAGGAGCCCAGACACUCUCCCCACAGUAUGGCAUCCACGUUCACAUAACCAUUUUGUAUAUAAUCAUUUUUUUGUGGUUUUUCUAGCAAACAUAUUGUUUCCUUUAAAAGCAUAUGUAUGUGUAUGUAUAUAUAUAUACAUAUACAUACAUAUAUGUGUAUAUAUAUAGACAGAAAGAGACAGAGACAGAAAAAGAAAGAGGAGUUUCUUCAUUCUUGGGAUCAGAGACCAGAUCAUGAAGGCUGGCAUUCAGGAUGUCUGCCCACGGAAAGUCUCAGCAAGGCCCAACAAGAUCCAGCAAUGUGGAAACCGCAGGAUGCUUUUCACCAGUAGAUCUGGGGUGGGGUAUGGCCAAAGAAGGGAAAAGCCUGUCUUACGGGGUAGAGUCUUUGUAGAUUUCUGCCCUGCCCUCUUCCCCUGCCCACUCCACUCUGACAGCUGCAGGUGGGAUAAUGAGGGGCCCAAAUGAGGGCCAUCUAUCCUCAGAUAUUAACUUAAGUUGGUGUAAGAAGCCAGCAAAGACUAGCCCUGGUUUGUCUGUCAGGGACUCAGAGUUCCCCAACCCCGCUGCAGUGAGUUAGGUCAUCACACAAAUUUGCUGAUGUCUGCUCAUGUUUGCCUUAAGGAUAGUGACUGCUGACCUAGCUGUCAUGUUUAGGCACUGAGUCUCCGCAGGUAAUUCCUUAGGGCAUCUGUUACAUGCGACUCUCAAGUCCACUUAUAUGACCCUCAGAAUCCUUCAUCAAAGGAGUGGGCUUAGGUAUCUGAAUUUCUGAUGAGCUCACUGCAAAAUGGUUAGAUGCACUAAAACUGGGUCAGAGUCCUAGAGCCAGGGGAGCAGAGCCACCCUGUAAAAGUUCACAGUCUCAUCACAUUGAGAUGACCCCACUGCCAGUCACAUCUUGGCUUCUUGGCAGCUCUUGCUACCUCUUCCAUGGCUAUUCAUAUCUGGGCCACUUGUGCCCCACUCCCAGGCCAUAAGCUUAUACCUGGGAGGUAGGCUAGGCACCCCUUCCCUGUCCUGCCUUGUAAGGUCUCUCCUUUUCCUUCCUGCCCUUCUUUCUAAUGUGGGUGCUUCUUUUAGGCCCCUGUUUCUAGAGCCUCAGGAGAUCUAUCUUCCAUUCAUUCAUCCACCAGUCAUUCAACAUGAAUGAGUCUUGCAACAUGUCAGGUGCAAGGGAUACCUUUCAAAACAGUUCCUUGUCGGACUCAGAGUCUAGUGAAGAACACACACCAGAAACCAAUUAGAAAAACUGCCAGCCUUGAUAGAGCAGCAGGAAUCCCACCAGAGAUUCAAAACCUCCUAGGGUGAGAGGGAGCCCACUUUCUUCAUACCUGCUUUUAAGUGCCUUGGUGUAUCUAGACUGCUCUAAACAGAGUUCCAUUCAGCUCCAGCAGAUGCCAUUCAUCGGGCAGUGCCCUCUGGGUUCUACCAGAGAAUACUUCAGAGCCAUGGCUCUUAAGAUGGGCAUUGAAGGCUGCACUCCAGUCAGUUCCAAGGAUAUUCUGAAACACGAAGCCAUGGGAAGGUUUUCAGUAGCACUGAAGGAGUGAUGUGCCAGGCGUAAGACUCAAGAACUCUGUGAUGGCUACCUCUUCCCUGUGGUAUCCUUUCCUUUCCCAUAAUUGAGCAUCAAGUUAUGGUGGUGACUGUGGGACAGGGUUGUAUAUUUGUGUUGUUUAAACAUUUGUAUAUGAGGGGAGAGGUCAUUUGCCACCAGCUCAGUCCCAAUGGAGCUGGGGAUGCUGGGUCUCAGUGGCUUUAGGACCACCAAUGACAUAUCCUCAGUACAUGACUGGCUUCCCUACUUCUCUUCCUUUCCUUCCUUCCCUUGGAAGGACUGCCUAGGUGACAUGUGGCAAAGCUAGGACAAAUGACCGUGUCUUGCCUCGAUGGAGAAUGUCUUAUAGUUCACUGUUGGCUACAUCAUAGGGUUGUUUCAGUAUCUUGAGAAGCCCACGAGAGGAAGUCAGUCUAAGUGUCCACUUUACCUUCCCAUUGGGUGCUCUUCUGCAGUUGUUGCUUAAUAAUUAUUCUGAGAGUCACGAUGGAAACAGAGACCUGAAAGCCCGAUCUGAGCCAGCACGAAUUCACACCUCAGAAACCCCAGGGCUGCAGAAGUGCAAUGGGAAUGGUCCUGUGGGUUGUCUUGGCUGCUCCCUACUGUGGCCAGAAUUCAGUGCCCACAGCCACCUGUGACAUGAGGUACCUCUCUCCUGCUUUGUGCCCUGCAUUUGGGAUGCUAGAAAGAGAUGAAGGUUGAGGGAGAAAAGAUCUGCCCUUCUAUGUAGGAUCAGCUCUCAAUUGGUGCUUACCACUAGUUACCAAAGAACAACAACAGUCAGCUGGGAAACCCAAGAAGCAAAUAUUAGGACCAAACCUGUCACUGUAUUUAAAGGAACUUUAGUUUGCUCAUCUUGCAACAUUUUUAUAAAGUGCUGUAAUUCAUGGGGUGGGGCAUAUGACAGAGACAGACUAACCCGUGUUUGUCAAUUGCAUUAAAAUUAUUUUGGGUCUCUGUUUAAUGAAUUCAGACAA